AAAUUGUGCCAGGGAUUAAGCUGAGACCACCAAACUCAUCUCACGUGUGACUAUCUCCAUGUGAAGCCAAGUGGCUCAGUAUGUAAACAGCAGCAGCCCCUAACAUCCUUUCCAUCGGUGCUCUUAUUAAUCCCCAUUUGUUUAAUCACACAGGGGAUCCCAGCGUGAACUCUUCUUCCCACCAGACCGCAGAAAAUCAUGGCUGCUGAGAUGGCCGGCAAGGAAGCUACACGGCAGAGACACCUUAACCAGGAUACUGAUGGCGAAGAGUCAGCGUCAGCAGAGCCCGAAGCCUGGAAGAUCCGCUACGAGAAGUGCUGGCUGCACCGGUGCUGCUCCUCGCUGCUCCACAAGGACAGGCAGGCUCGGAAGGCCGGGCAGCUGUUCUCAGGGCUGCUGGCCAUGAACGUGGUGUUUCUGGGCUGCGCCUUCAUAAGCAGCAUGAUUUUCAACAGGGUGGCGAUUACCUUGCGCGACGUCGGGAUCUUCCUCUCCAUCCUCAAGAUUCUGUCUCUCUGCUGGAUCAUUUACUACUUGCUGUGUACCAGCAGGAAGCCCCAUGCUGUGCUGUACAGGGACUCCCAUGCCGGGCCAGUCUGGGUGCAGGGGUCUCUAGUGCUGUUUGGAGCCUGCACCAUCAUCCUGCAGGUGUUCAGGAUCGGCUACAUUGUCAGCCACAACCAUUGCAAAUCCCACCUGGAAACCCUGUUCCCGUGCAUAGAAAUCAUCUUCGUUUGCAUUCAGACGUACUUUUUAUGGCGCCACUGUAAGGACUGUACCCAAGUCCAGCACAACCUCACCAGAUGUGGGCUGAUGCUGACCAUGGCCACAGAUCUCCUCCUCUGGCUGUUAGCGGUGACCAACGACUCUGUUCACAGGGAAAUUGAAUCGGCACUCAAAGGUCUUGUGCAAAAUUUUCCAGGUAACGAGUCCAGCUCAUGCACGUGUCCAAACACAAUAGCCUGCCGCGUCUUCCAGAAGGGCUAUAUCUUGCUGUAUCCCUUCAAAAUGGAAUACUGCCUCAUCGGCAGCUCCAUGCUGUACGUCAUGUGGAAGAACGUGGGCAGGCGCAUCCCUCCCCACCACACCAUUCAUGCCAAGCCCAAGUUCAAGCUCCGUGGUGUCAUUUAUGGGCUGGUGCUGGGCAUAUCUACAUUGUUCAUUGGGAUCUGCAUCUUCAUGACCUACCAGAUUGAGGCUACCAGCUCAGCGCCUAGGCAGGAGACCCUUGUGCUGUAUUAUUCCUACUACGUCGCGCUUCUGCCGAUGAUGACUGUGGGUGCCUUGGCUGGAACUGUCAUCCAUGGCUUGGAAGAGCGUGAGCUAGACACUCUGAAAAACCCAACCCGAAGCCUGGACGUGAUCCUGCUCAUGGGAGCAGCCCUAGGCCAGAUUGGCAUUUCUUACUUCUCCAUUGUCGCCAUUGUGGCCACCAACCCUGGAGACCUGCUAAACAGACUCAUCCUGACCUACGCGGUCAGCCUCAUCAUUCAGCACAUCACGCAAAACAUCUUCAUUAUCGAGGGGCUUCACCGGCAGCCUUUGGUGGAGGAUCCUGAUGCCAGCCUGGCUGGGCCCCACACACAGCACUCGGGUGAGAAGCGUGAAGACUCUGACCCGAGAAGAGUUUACCCACUAGAGAUAAGACAGGAGAUCAGGAGGGUUUCGCAUGCCUACAGCCAUACCUACGGCCGCCUGAACUGGAAGAGGAAAGCCCUAAAGGAGAUCUCAAUCUUCUUGGUCUUGUGCAACAUCAUACUGUGGAUAAUGCCCACAUUCGGGAUGCACCCCGCCUUCGAGAACGGACUGGAGAAGUCGUUUUACGGUUACUCCACCUGGUUUGCCAUUGUGAACUUCGGCCUGCCCCUGGGUGUGUUCUACAGAAUGCACUCCGUCGGGGGGCUCCUGGAGGUUUAUGUGUCAUCCUGAACCAGGCCCAACCCUCCCUCGCCCAGUGGUGGAGGGAGAAAUGGAGCUGAAGUCACACAGCAGUAGCUGGAUGGGGGAGACCUGGGAACAAAGACACAGAUACUGCCAGCUCGCUUUCAUUUUGACUUUCACUCCUCUGAGCCCUAUUUCUCAAGGAGUUCCAGAUGAAAGGGAAGUUGCUUUGUGUUUUGAACAUGCUGGUGUCAACUUUCUCCAUAGAAAAACAAAACAAUCUGGACUGGUCUGUAAAAUACUGUACUGCUCAAUGGAAACAAACUAGUGCCAGAAUAAUAGGGAUAAUAUAGUUACUGCACUCAGGACACUCCACCUUCAACCCUCUGAACAUAAGAGCAGCAUCAUGAUGCACAGACUGAAAUGCACUCCACAGAACCUCUGAAAUCAAGGGCAAGAACCCUCUCAGCAAUCUGAGGAAGAGGCCACAGAAAUACCUGAAGUACAUGCCCCAUGGUCAAGCAAAAAUGAACAAAAAUGCCCACUUUUUACAUGGAUGUAUGGAAGUACAAGGUUCAUAUGAGCACCUAUGGAGCGGGGUGUAGUGGUUAGAGCAGAUCUGGGUUCUGCUCCUGAUUCUGACACUAACUCUAUAUGUAUCCGUGGGCCAGAUGCUCAAAGAUAUUUAGUUCUUGAAGGACUUGUCUACACUCAAAAUGCUACAGCAAUGCAGCUGCAUCUGUGCUGUUGUAGUGCUUCAGUGUAGAUGCCACCUAUGCUGGCAGGAAGGGUUUCCCCGUUGGCAUGGGUAAUCCACUUCCCUGAGAGGCGGUAGCGAAGUUGACGGAAUUCUUCUGCCAGCCUACUGCUGUCGACACCCAGGGGCUAGGGCGAUUUAACUUUGCCACUCAGGGGGGUGGAUUUCUCACAUCCUUGAGUGAUGUAGCUGGGUCAA